AUAAUAAUGAUGAUAAUGGAUACAUCAUCAUCUGCAUUAAUAACAUCAGUUAAUCCAUUACUACCGGCAUUAGUACCAUUAGCAACAUUAUUAUGGCUUAAAGCAGCUGAUCUUGGUAUAUUUAUUUCACGUGAUACAUGGGAUCAAGAAUAUGAUUAUAUUGUUGUUGGUGCUGGAUCGGCUGGUGCUGUUGUUGCAAAUCGUUUAUCUGAAGAUCAUCGUACAAAAGUAUUAUUAUUAGAAGCUGGUGGUUCGGAAACAUUAUUCAGUGAUAUACCGAUUGCAGCGGCUACAUUACAAAUGACACCAAUCGAUUGGGCAUAUCAAACUGAACCACAAACUGUUUCUUGUUUUGGUUUAAAAAAUCAACGUAGUCGUUGGCCACGUGGUCGUGUACUUGGUGGUUCAUCCGUAUUAAAUUAUAUGCUAUAUGUACGUGGUAAUCGUCGUGAUUAUGAUCGUUGGGUUGAUCUUGGUGCUUAUGGUUGGAGUUGGCAUGAUGUUCUGCCUUAUUUUAUAAAAUCAGAAGAUAAUCAAGAUCCAAAUGUUGCUUCAAAUGGUUAUCAUGGUAUUGGUGGUUAUUUAACUGUUGCAAAUCCACCUGAUUCAACACCAAUAUCGUUAGCAUUUCCUGAAGCAGGAAAACAUCUUGGUUAUCCAAAUGUUGAUAUUAAUGGUCCAACACAAACUGGAUUUACAAUACCACAAGGUACUAUACGUAAUGGUGCACGUUGUUCAACAUCGAAAGCAUUUCUAUCAAGCGUUCGUGAUCGUCAAAAUCUUCAUAUAUUAACAUUUGCAUAUGCAACAAAAGUUAUAUUUAAUGAAUAUAAACGUGCUGUUGCUGUACAAUUUGAUCGUUUUUCAUUGACACAUAUUGUUUAUGCACGAAAAGAAAUAAUAUUAUCUGGUGGUUCAGUUAAUACUGCUCAAUUAUUAAUGCUUUCAGGUAUUGGACCAUCAGAUCAUCUUCAUUCAUUAGGUAUACCAAUUAUUGCUGAUUUACCUGUGGGUAAAAAUCUUCAAGAUCAUAUCUAUCCAGGUGGUAUUCAUUUUACAAUUGAUAAAAAAUAUUCAAUGAUACAACGAAGAGUUUCAUCAUUACCAAAUACGAUUGCUUAUUUUGCAUUAGGAAGAGGUCCAUGGACACUUCUUGGUGGUGUUGAAGGUUUAGGUUUUAUUAAAACCAAAUUUACAAAUCGUACUGAUGAUUGGCCUGAUUUUGAAAUACAUUUAGUUAGUGGUGGUCCAUCAUCUGAUGAUGGGCAAACAUUUCGUCGUGUACAAGGUUAUACUGAUGAAAUGUGGCAUCAAGUUUAUCAACCAUAUGUAAAAUUUGAUACAUUUUCAUUAUAUCCGGUAAUGUUACGACCAGAAAGUAUUGGUUAUAUUGAACUACGAUCAACAAAUCCAUAUGAUCCACCAAUAAUUGAUCCAAAAUAUUUGACACAUCAAAAAGAUAUUGAAUCAAUGGUUGAUGCAAUGAAAAUUUGUAUUGCAGUUGGUUUAACACCACCAUAUCGUAAAAUGAAAUCACGUCUUAUUGAAACUGUUUUCCCCGGUUGUGAACAUUAUGAAAUGUGGAGUGAUGAAUAUUUGGCUUGUGUUGCACGAACAUUUACUUCAACAUUAUAUCAUCCAGUUGGAACGGCUAAAAUGGGUGCACCAUGGGAUCCAACAGCAGUUGUUGAUCCUGAACUUCGUGUUUUAGGCGGUGUAAAAGGUCUUCGUGUUGCUGAUGGUUCUGUUAUGCCAAAAGUUGUAUCCGGUAAUACAAAUGCACCAAUUAUUAUGAUUGGUGAACGUGUAUCAGAUAUGAUAAAAGGUAUAAAUUUACCACGUUAUGAUCCAGCAACAGCAAAACGUAUGGCCGAUUAUUGGAAUGAUAUUGAUAGAAAAUUUUUUGAUCCAAAUCAUGAUCCAACAAAUUUUGAUAAGAAAAAAUGAAAACAAAAAGCCAAAACAAACUGUAAAAAAAAUUCCGAUAUUCA